UAUCGUUGGUGGCGCUGAAGUUUCCCAGCUCUACACGACACUUGGGAAUUAGAAAGAUGAAAAAUGGCUUUAAAACGAAAGUGUUUUACCGUUGAGGAAAAAAUGCAAAUAAUUCGCCGCCUGGAGGCCGGUGAACGCAACGUAGUCCUGGCAAAAGAGUUCGGCGUGUGCCACACAACAAUUGCCACAAUAAAAAAGCAUAAGGAACAAGUUACAGCUUUGUUUAAUAACAAUGUCUUAAAAUCAAAACGUGUCAGAGCGUCGACACAAGAUCGAGUCGAUAAGGCCUUGUUCCAGUGGUUUAAGAUGCAACGCAGUCAAGGGAUCUCAUUAAGCGGUCCACUGCUUCAGCAAAAAGCGAAUUAUUUCGCUAAACAAUUUAAGAUUAAAGAUUUUAACUGUUCUGGUAGUUGGAUAAGCCGCUUCAAGGUGCGGCAUAACAUCCUCUCCAGUACAGCCAGCGGAGAAUCUAUGCCCAGCAAAAAAUGCGAUCCAAAAAAGUGGCUAACGCAGAUUUGGCCUACACUACGUAAGGAUUUCAGUGAUGAUGACAUUUUUAGUGCCGACGAAAUUGGACUGUUCUACAAACUAACUCCUGACAAAACGUUAAAUAUGAAAGGUGAACAAUGCACGGGCGGGGAGCUAUCCAAGGAAAGGAUAACUUUGCUUCUUGCGGCCAAUAUGAGUGGCACUCUAAAAAAGAAAUUAUUGGUUAUUGGAACAUCAAAGCAUCCUAGGUCCCUUGGAAAUGUUCACUUUUUGCCUGUUGACUACUUUAGUAAUCGCCAGGCAUGGAUGACGUCUGAAAUUUUCACCACUUGGGUGCGCGAUUGGAAUGCUGAGCUUAUGCAACAGAAAAAGAAGAUAUUGCUAUUAAUUGAUGAUUGUCCAGCCCAUCCCAUCAUAAGCAAUCUAACUAAUAUCACUCUAGUCUGCCUGCCAUCAAAUACAAAUGCGAAAUUAAUAUUACAACCGAUGAGCCAAGGCAUAAUUCGUGUGAUUAAAUCAACAUAUCGCAAAAAUCUUAUACUCAAAAUAAUUAGCGAUAUGGAAAACAGCAUUGAUGAAAAUUACCCGAAAGUUACAAUUCUAGACGCCCUUUUAAUGAUAAAUGAUGCAUGGCAACAACUCUCGCCCGAGACAAUUGCGAAUUGCUUCAGGCAGUCUGGACUUGCCGAGACUAAUCUAGAUGCUCCACACAGCUCAUUUUCGAAUGAUAUUGAAAUCGAUGAUGACAUUCCCCUAUCGGAUUGGGCUACAGCCCUAAGAGUCCAGCUGCCGAUUUCAAAGGAAGUACUGGAUGAAUAUGUCCUUAUUGACAAUGGGCUGGCGAUUUGUGGGGAGCCCUCUGAAGACAGUAUUGUCAAAGAUAUAUUUGACGAAGAUCAGGAUAGCGACGACAGCGUCGAAGAUCAAAAUGAGGAUGUGACAGCACCCAGCGCCUUGGAGGCAUUUCAAGCUGCAGAGGUUCUGAGUAGAUUUGUUCAUUCAAAUUGCAGUGACGAGAGCUUAAGGCACAGCAUGUCUCAUUUAAAUAAUGUUGUACGCAACUAUUUUUAUAUAUCAAAAACUACGGCCAAACAAUCGAAAAUCUCGGAGUAUUUAGUUAAUUGAGAAUAAAGA